AUGCGGAAGUGAAAAAAAUCAUUUGAUGCCAUUUCGGAGGACAGGAGUGGGCGAGAAUAAUUUAUCGUUUACAAUAUAAUAAAAUUAUGGUAAAUUAAAUAGCUUCGCGGAAUAUAUCGCUCAAUCAAAACAUAACGGCAGCCGAGUUGAGAUGGAGAGCCGUCGCACAGUAACACGAAGGUCGAGAAAUCAACGCAUCCGACUCAUCAAAUGACAUCACCACACGCUCGUUUGCCAACCUGUAGCCUAGGUGUGGUGGGCUCGAGGGCGGUCAGUGUUUGGUGUCAACAAACAAACACUUCCACAUCAUCGCGCUCGGAUUCUUCCACGGAGGCAGAGGGACACGGACAUAGUCGCCCCCAUGCCCCGCUUCCCGGGGAGGACUGCGGACGUGGCCGCUAACCUGACUUCCCCCGUGCUGGGUCGGCCACUGUGCGCUAACGGGACGCCCUGGAUCCUCUACCUGUUUGAGGAAUGCGUGGAGAAUGUGUGGGAAUACUGGAGCGUAGUCAUCGGGCUGAUUUCAAUGUUCUGUUUCUUGCUGUCUACUCUACCGCAAGUCUAUGAGGCUUAUCGCAAUGGUAAAGUGGAGGAGGCCAUGUCGUUUGGCUUUCUGCUCUUCCUCUUCAGUGGGGACCUCAGCAGUCUAAUAGGCUGUGUCCUGACCAGCCAGCUGCCCAUCCAGAUUGUGACAGUAGUGUUCUACAUCUUCACUGAUCUCCUGCUCAUCUCCCAGUUCCUCUACUACAAGAUAAAGAACAACUCAUCUAAAAAGCGCCCCACGUUGAAGUGGCUGUGUUUCCUGUGGUGCGGGGCUUCCACUGUGGCCCUCCUGAUCCUCCCCAAGUUUAUCACUGACAACAACCCCUCCGCCAACACUCAGAGUGCCUCUAACAGUGUGGAGAUCUCUGGUUAUGCCUGUGGAUACCUGGCCUCCAUAUUCUACCUCUCCUCUCGUUUUCCACAGCUCUACAAAAAUUUUAAGCGGCAGUCUACAGAGGGCACGUCGUACAUGCUGUUUGCCCUGGCCAUGAUGGGCAACGGGACCUACGGGCUCAGUGUCAUUGUGGUUCUACCAGCUCUGGCCGGCUCAAAACAGGCCUUCAUCCUCAAACAUCUGGCCUGGCUCAUCGGCAGCCUGGGAGUCCUCCUCCUAGACUUCUUUGUCACCGCCCAGUUCAUCAUCUAUAGGAACAACCACUCCGCUAAAACCAGCAAGAAGAUGAACGUUCCUGAAGUAGAACCUCUGCUCUGUGAAGAGGAGGAACUGUCCACGUUCUAGAACGUCACAACGUGAUAUAUGAAGAAAAUCAGCCUACACAACCCCAAACAGCAAGCAAUGCAGAUGUAGAGGAACGAUGGCUUGGAGAAACUCCCUGUUGACUGGAGCCCUGCACUAAUCUGACAGAUGUGAUGGUUCACCAAUGUUCCCUCCGCUGAAGUACAGGCGAAUUACAGGCGUUUUAUAUCUGAGGAAUGUAAUCUCAGUAGAACUAUUCUCUUUGUAAGGGGGGGGGGGGUCAUGUGAUCUAUUCACUAUGCCGGUUCCUCGUACGCUACAGGCCUAUUGGCUGUGUCAGUGUCUCACAUUGCUCUAGUCUAGUUUGUCAACGGUUAGAGCUCUUGUGUUUUCCAGGAUAAGAUAUGCAAUACACUUUGAACUGUUCGCGCAGCGUUGUCGUCUAGGUAGACCAUACAGUAGGGGACCACACCAGUGGCUAGGUAGACCGUACAGUAGGGGACCACACCAGUGGCUAGGUAGACCGUACAGUAGGGGACCACACCAGUGGCUAGGUAGACCGUACAGUAGGGGACCACCAGUGGCUAGGUAGACCGUACAGUAGGGGACCACACCAGUGGCUAGGUAGACCGUACAGUAGGGGACCACACCAGUGGCUAGGUAGACCGUACAGUAGGGGACCACACCAGUGGCUAGGUAGACCGUACAGUAGGGGACCACCAGUGGCUAGGUAGACCGUACAGUAGGGGACCACCAGUGGCUAGGUAGACCGUACAGUAGGGGACCACACCAGUGGCUAGGUAGACCGUACAGUAGGGGACCACACCAGUGGCUAGGUAGACCGUACAGUAGGGGACCACACCAGUGGCUAGGUAGACCGUACAGUAGGGGACCACCAGUGGCUAGGUAGACCGUACAGUAGGGGACCACCAGUGGCUAGGUAGACCGUACAGUAGGGGACCACACCAGUGGCUAGGUAGACCGUACAGUAGGGGACCACACCAGUGGCUAGGUAGACCGUACAGUAGGGGACCACACCAGUGGCUAGGUAGACCGUACAGUAGGGGACCACACCAGUGGCUAGGUAGACCGUACAGUAGGGGACCACACCAGUGGCUAGGUAGACCGUACAGUAGGGGACCACACCAGUGGCUAGGUAGACCUGUUUUCGAGUUGCUGUGCUGUGCGUUUUGUUGCCAACCUAUUUUGCUACCUGACAAUUUUACGGUUUUUACUUUUUAAUUACUGUUGUUAUACACACACACACAUAUAUAUAUUUUUUUUCCACCCACAACUUUUUCACUCCGGACGCUUUAUCUGGACACGAUUCGUCAGGACCUCCAACACCGAAGCUAAGUAGUAACAUUAACAUGAUGCCUUCUAAUUGCAGUCGCUGUACUCGCCUUACGGCGAGGAUAGCUGUGCUACAAGCCCGGCUUCAGACGCAAUCGUUAGGCAAGGGUAAUUUCAGUGUAGGAAAGGAUGAAACAGCGUCUGUGCCACCAGCAAGUACAGAUAGUAGUAUAAAUCCCCUGGCACAGUCCCCGCAGCCGGACAACUUUCUCACGGUUUCUGGAAGGAAAUGCUGUAGGAAC